AUGGGAUUUCUGAAGGCGUUGUUGGGGCGCGGAUAUAGUGGGCCCGACUCGGAGCUUCUUCUUGCACACACGUACUCGCGGCGCGGGCACGGUGGAAUCGGCGAGAAGGGUGUAUUAUACGAAGAGCGCGGCAGACGUCGGCAGUCGCGCCGUUACUAUAAGAGCGUAACGGUAGAGAAGAAGAAUUGCAACGUAUUUAGCCCCUCCACCGAAAAAUCGUGGCCGUUUCAGCUGGCCGCUAGUGGUGAACACUAUUUUCAGCGGAAGCGC